AUGGAAGUGCCACCCGGAGCAUUGCCAAAAGGGUUCCCUUCACAGCUCCAAGUCUUCGGAUGUAUGAUCGGCAAGUGGCUGUUAGGAGCAGUGCGGGGCCGGGGAAUCAGCUCCCUAGUUCGGAACCAUCUCCUGGUUCAUGAAAUUGCCGAAAUUCAGGGAUUAUUUGCAGGAGAAGUAGGAGAAGUGGUGGAGAGAGAGGAGGAGAUAGCGGGGAAUGUCGAGGAAGCAGCAGAGGAAGUGGAGAAGGUAGCAGAGGAGGUGGCAGAUCAGCUUCCUGAGGGUGGGAAGCUUAGGGAUGAGAUCGCCUUUGUUGAAAACGUUGCCAAGCAUACCGCCAUGGAUGCUCACUUAGCACAAGAAGUCUUUGACAAGGUCGAAGAAGUGGAAAAGAAAGUGGAAUCCAUCGUUGAUCAAGCUGCAAAUGAAGCACCACCUGAUCAAAGUCGGAAUUAGUUAUAGCUUCUGUGGAGGUCAGGUCACCCAUAUAUGAUAUAAAGAUGUCCUUGCGUAAACAAUAUAGUUUUGUAAUUCUUACAUUUACCAAUAUUUAGUUUAUCUACAUGUAUCUAAUCCUUCAUAUAAAUUCAAUUAGGAAAAUUUCAUGUU